UUUCUGCGCUGCAGAUCCAAGAGACCACUGCACUUGACUGCCAAAGCUUGCCAGCUCAGUCAGGGAUUUAUAUUUUUAGUGUGGUAACAGACUAUCUUUACCAAAACAUUGUUUUCAGAAUGUUUCCAUUUUGAAUAUCAGCAGUCUAUUAACCGGACUAAAGUUAUCGGCGAAUACUUUGGAUCUAGCUGUAUGAAGAAAGAAGGGUUGCUGUGCUCAGUGUAGAUUUUGCUGUGCUUAGUCACAUUUGUAGUUCCAAUUUUCUCCUGUCAAGUACAAUAGUAAAAUAUGCUGAGCUCACAUAGCUAGAACCUUCCAGAACAGAAGAAAAAGGGAGAAAAACACAGCUCUCCACAGUGACCCCUGGAGUUGGUUCCAAGUCACUGCACAAUUUGAUGUCAACAUAUCUCUCACUUGUACCUUUGAAAGUUAUUGUUGGAGUGCGUAUAGGCUAGGUGGAUGUCACAGGUGAAAAUGGAAGUUGCUGUGGCGGAGGAGAAGAAGAAAAUCUUCAGAGCCAGAAAGACUAUGAAGAUAAGUGACCGUCAGCAACUGGAAACUCUCCACAACUCCUUAUCUUCGAGCGGGCGGGCUUCAUCUACCUCCUCUUCGCCUCCUCCCUUACUGAACGGCACGCACAAAGAGGAUGGCCAGAAGGGGGCAGACAGUGACACCAGAGACUCGAAGAGCCCCGUUUUCACACCUUCGACCUCACCAAACUCGCGCUCCCCCCCCCUUGGCCUGUCCCUAUCGUUGUCCCCCUCUCCUCCGGCUGUACCAAGUCCGAAAGCUAAGGACGACAUUCCUCCUUCACCCUCGUCGCCAUUCCACUCUCUGAACAACGAACUGAGAAAGAUUGAGGAGGAAGGAAAGAAGGCGCGCUCUCCGUCCCCACCUAAGGAGUGUCCCCAGUUGUCUUCAGCUAAGGAGGCCAAGGAAGGACAAGCUAAAGAGGCUGUGACGGCAAAAGCAGGGAAGAAGCAAGAGGAAACAAACGGAACAGAGAAAGAGGAAACACGCACUGCUACCAAAAGCAGAACCACCAGUUCCGUGAAAGAAUCUUCCCCAAGCUGCCCUGUUUCUCCUGCCACAUCUGACAAGGUGUCUGAGAAAAGCCAGAAGCCAGAGCAGAAAGACUCUGUAACUGUGGGAACGGUUACAGACAGUACAGAGGUCAAGGCUUCCGAGGCGCCUCUAGCCAAAAAGGAGAGAUCCUCCUCCCCCAAGGCUACCACAGGGUCUCCUGAACCCUCCUCAUCCUCAUCCCCCUCUACCGGACCUGUGCCAGCCGAGGACAUCAAAAAAGUGGCCAUUAAGAGUGGGAAGGGUGAUGGUGAUCAGGGAAUGAAGGCAGAGGUAAAGGAAGAUGAGAAGAUGGAAGUGGACUUAAAAGAAAAAACGGAAGCGAAAAAGGUGAAAAAAGAGCUGAAGGUGGAGGAUUUACCAUCGUCUUCUUCAUCUUUAUCAUCUAACACAGCUGUUAAAGAAGAAAAGAGCUCCUCUGGACAUAAACGUCCUCUGUCGGAAGCUAAUGUCAAAGAUGAAUCGAAUGUGGACCGAGAUGGGAAGAGGCAGAGGAGGGAUGGUGUUGAGUUAGAAGCACAGCUGGAACUGAAAUUCACUGCUAAAGCUGGCAGUCGCCAUAAAAUUGAAAAGGUUGUUCAGCAGUUGGUGGAGGAGCGGAUGAGGGUACUGCAGCUGACAGUCUUCGACCAGAGUUUGCAGGAGUUAAAGGAGCGUAUAGACAAGAUCGACUGUGCCACCAAACACCAGAGCGCCCUUAACACACUACAGGCUAAAAUAGCUAGACUAGCGAAAAAGUUUGGAGAAGCCAACCAGUCCUCAGAGAAUAAAACAAAGGAGGUGCUCACAACCCCUGUAACUAAGACUCCAGUUUCAACCAAUUCCACUCCUAUGCAGCGGCCAGUCCGGACCUCUAUGGAGGUAAAGCAGAUCCCCACCACCCCUGUGUCAACCAACCCCCCUGUGUCUCCUGCCCAGUCCAAGUCUAUUCCUCCCACCUCCACAACCACAACCAUGGUAACACCAGGCCCCAUUCUCCAGCUGAUCUCAACCAGCAAUACCACCACGUCCACACUGGGCACCAGUGCUACCCAGAGCCAGCCUACAGGAACCUUGUUACUCAAGACUGCUCAAGGGACCAAUAUGGUGGGCCAGGGCCAGCCUGUCCUCAUCCAGCUACAUCCAGCCCUGUCCAUGCCUAAUGGGCAGCCCGGAACCGUCGUCAACAUCCCCGUCUCCUCUUUCACAACUGUCAACUCCCACAACAAACCCAAAACUACCACUUCCACCUUCAUCCUCAAGGCAGCUCCCUCCACCACAACGGCCACGACGAUGGUCCCGGCCAUCCAGGCCUCCACCUCCCAGAUGACCCCAGCCCAGAUAUCUCUGGCUCGCUACCAGGGAGGUGCGGGGAGCAUCAGCACACCCUACGCAGGAGUGUCUGUGGCUACAGCCAGGAUGCCUGUUCAGUCUGUUUCCGUAGCAGGGGCGGUGUCUUCAUCCUCCUCACCAGCGGCCUCCGGUCCAGCUGCGACAGGCUCGACAGCUCCUGGGACGCCCUCUGGGACAACAAUGACAUCCAAGACAGAUAAUCAAGCCACAGGCUCUACUCCAACCAAAACGCCUGUGCAGGGGCCCCGCCCCAAAGGCUCUGUCAUAGACCUUACUGAGGACGACGAUGAUGUACAAGUGACGGGCGUUAAGAAGGCCGUAGGCAUAGCUGCUCAUCGCCCUCCAGGACCACCCCCUCUGAUAAGCAUUCCUACAGGUGCUACUGCGACGUUGUCUCCUCAACACCCUGUGAGCAGUCCCCAACAUACAGUCCACCACCGCCCCCCACUGGACUCCCCGGUAAAAACACACCUUAGUACACCAUCCAGAACCUCCUCCACAGCCCUGCCCUCCUUACCGACAGCACCCCUGCCCGCCACCCGCCUGCCCCAGGAGGCUGCCCUGACCUCUCUCCCCCAGCAGCCUCAGCUCAAGCUGGCUCGGGUGCAGAGCCAGAACGGUAUUGUUCUUUCCUGGUGCGUGUCCGAGACCGAUCGCACUUGCGCCACUGUGGACAGCUACCACCUGUACGCUUACCACAUGGACAACUGUGCCGCCAACGGGCAGGCUUUGCAGCAUUGGAAGAAGAUAGGCGAGGUCAAAGCCCUGCCUCUACCAAUGGCCUGUACGCUCACCCAGUUUGUGUCUGGAUCAACGUAUUAUUUCGCUGUCCGAGCCCGGGACAUCUAUGGUCGGUUUGGACCCUUCUGCGAGCCUCAGUGUACUGAUGUCAUCAGCUCCUCCUCCUCAGCGAGCUGAACCAAUCAGAAUGGAAGAGGGCACGCAUUUUGGGAGACGUGCAUAUUUGUGUUUUAGGAAGUUGAAAUAGCUGUUAAAUUCUUUAGGGAAUGGAGUUA